AUGGGCUGGAAAGAUCACUUAAAGAGCCUCAAACAGGAGUUUGAAUCCAUGAUAGCGGAUCCAUCCGAGAAAAAGAACGACCAGCAGCCGCAACAAUCACAAGCGCAGCCACAAGGACAAGCACCACUUCAAUCACAGCAGGAAGAAUAUCAAGCACCACCUUAUCCCCCUCCGCCUCCCAUUCCUGCUUCUCAGAUCUACUGGCAGCCUCAAUUCAGGCCUGAAAUUCCCACCAAUGUAGAGUGGGACGCAAAGCUGGGGAACGGCCCCGAUGGUUGGGGCAAUCAAGAGUUGCAGCACUAUACCGCUGAUCCAGCCAACAGCUUUCAUACGCAAGAUGGUAGGCUUGUUGUGCGCGCUCUCGCCAACAGCGGUGCACCUACACCAGAGCAGCGAUACACCUCUGCUCGGCUGGUAAGUCGGGAGACUCUGGGACACGACAGAGGUGUCCUAACUGCGGUCAUUCUCUCUCCCUCUGCCGAAGGCAUCUGGCCAGCGUUCUGGCUUCUGCCAAAGGAGCCCUUCUCAUGGCCGACGGACGGCGAGGUGGACAUUGCUGAAUCGUUCAAUGGGGAUCGCCAGAAUAAGUCUUGCCUCCACUGGGGCUUCCAUCACGAGCCCCAGAAGCACCGGGUUUUGGCAACCUCCAUCCCUGAUAUGGGUGCUCGCAAUGUGAGGUAUGACUUCGUCUGGGACCAACCCGGCGGGCAGGCUGGACAGGGAAGGAUGGUGUGGUAUGUUGAUGGCAGGGCGGUAAUGAAGCACAACGUUCCGGAAGGGACCAGACCGUUGAGGGAUAUGACUGUUCUGUUGAAUGUAGCCAUGGGAGGAAACGUUUGCCAGGGCAAGAUACCGGCUGAUGGAUACUACGAUAUGGUCGUUCAGUCGCUAUUCACCUCCAGUGAUCCCGAUCAAGGAGGAUGGCAACGAUUUGAAGCAGAUUGGCACAACUCGAAUACCCCGUUAGGCAAUACGUACUAA